CCUUGAUUCGGCCGGUCGGCAAUUUGCUCCGAAAGCAUUUUCACUGUCAAUCUCCAAUGCAUCCACCGACACCUUGCCAAGGACAAUCUUAUGACGAACGAAUCCACCCGUCGCCGCUGGUCGGUCACCACCCUGGAUAUCUACUACGCCCAAGAAUUUAAACAACACUGAGGCUCGUUCUUUUCUUGCUCUACACUGUGUGAUUAAAUCGUAUUAUCCAAAAAUGCAUCCUCAACUGUCCAGAGCACAAGUCUUAUCCAAUCUUGCUGUUACACCUGAUUGUAUAGGCCUCGAAGAACAGCCAUCUGCCUCCAUCGAACGGGAAAAGCUACAAACGGUCCUAACAACUCAGUCAUCUUCGAAUACUGCAAUUGAUGGAAUCCGAUCGGAUGACACUCGGAUUUUGUUGGCCUUGUCUACUCCUCUAGGUCUUCAUCUCGCGCAUGGGCUCGCGUAUACGGUCGGCUCUGCCCUAGGUUGUGUUCCGCCUAGUGUAGAAGAGUGCUUGGUUGCAUUUACAACGACGAACAGAGUCAAUCUCACAGCAGGUGCUCGGGCGUGGUCGAAACAUGCUCACAGGUCAUUUGUCGAGUCCGACUCGCAGGUUCUCCAAUUAAGUCAAUCACUAGAUGCCGGUGAUCGAAAUGCAUUUACUGAACAGCAGCAAAAACAGAGGAAACCGCCGCCACCCAUGGGCUGGUGGGGAAAACCCUCUGGACCUGUAGCAACUAUCAACGAGAACGCCUUGCAUUUGUUCUGGAAAAUCAUCGGUAAUGCUUCAUGGAGAAAUCUACACUGGCUACCGCAUUCGGUGCUGGUUUAUGAAGUUCGAGUGAAGAUGGGAUAUGGGAUGAGGUGGUCUCAAGAUCGGAGUCAGAUGGAUCAGGGGAGGCAGUCUGGACCGCUGGCUGUUCAGAUUAUAGACAUGCCCCGAAGAAGCGACGACGGACCCGAUAAGGAAGUAGCUAGAGGACUCAGAGCUAAAGUCAUGAACAUGAACGACAGAGGGGAUGCUGAUGAUGGACUAGAUACGGAUCAUCCACCGUGGAUAUUCAGAGGGUUUGUUGAACCUAUGAUGGAGGAUGGUCAUGAAAAAGGCUGGAGACAUGCUCCUUAAAGAGAAGGUUCGCUGCGUUGGAUUCCAUUAUCGUGAGUCGACAUCUGGCUUCAAGUCUCGUUUUCAGUUUCUAGUAUCUGUCCGCACACUUCCGCAUUCUUCUAUCUCUUCAACAGAGUUAAACGGGUCCUUAUAGCAGUGAGACUCGCGCCUCCUUGAUGUCUCUCUUUUCCGGAAGUAGCAUUGUACCGGCGAUUAAUCGAUUACGAGUCGGAGCAGGAUUUCCAUUUGAUGACAAGUCCAGGGAGAUAGUAUCGUGGGGGACUCGAAAUCCUUUUGUUCGGCUUGGAAAUAGUCUAUGGAGUAUCAUAGAUGUUUA